CCGUUAGCAGUAACCAUGCAGUAACAUCGGAUGCUCAUAGUAGUGCCACUACACCGGGCAAAACUUGAAUACCCACCUUUUAUUUUAAAGAAUUUGUAGUGCCUGUCGUGAGGAACAAAAAGUGGUUGUUGUUUCCGUUGUUUAUCGUUAGGUUUUAUAAUAAAAGUACGUGUUUUUGUUAUCGCUCACUGGACAGAGGGUUAAAGUUUAGUAAACGUCAAGAUCUGGUUGUCAUUUCACCGGUAGCUCAUUACUGGACAGCUCAAGAACACCAGAGUUCCAUGCAUACAUCCAAACCUACCACGCGUACACAUGUUUAAACCUACCUAGAUACAUCAACUACUGGAAUAGUAUACAUAUUUUGUCGGGUUCCCUAUUGCAAACACUCGUGUUUCGGAAACGGAAGAUCCUGGACAAUAUGCGGGUGUAGUUUAGUCGUUUAGUGCUUGUUUUCGGUAGUGCGAUUUUCGUUUGUUUUCACCUUCGUCAACGAACAUAAUUAAUUACUUUUCGGUUUGCGUUGUGGUUCGGUGAAAUGUUAUUCGCGUGUGCGAGGAAAACAGUGACGUACGGAAACAACUUAUAACCGGGAAAUUGCAUUAGGUAAGACUGCACAACAGACCGUUAGAAAUCGGACAAGGAAUAAUGAAUAAUGACAAAUUCAAAUGCAUCAAUGUACUGAGACAGCAUUUCCUUUCCAAUUUCUGUUGGUAAUUACCGAAAAAAUCUUUGAUCGUAGAACAACCGAUUUUGCGAUGGGUGAAAACGAGAACAAAGUGUCGCCAGAGAAAAAGAACGGUACGGAAAACAACGUAAUACGGUUUCCGGAAUCGGACGAAAACGAUCCGUGUAUCGAUUGUAAAAAACAACCGUCGUCCGCUCACAGAAAGGGCUUCUGGUUUGAAAAGGAACAUCAGCUAAUAGAAAAGACCAGCCUGACAAGACGAGGUCUUCGACUCGCUUUAGUAUUGCUUCUGGUCUCGCUGCUUUUUUUCGUCAUCAUUGUCAUUCUGGCCGCGCUUUGGCCUAGGAAACCCCACCAUCUGCAAUUUCCGGUCUGCACGGAACCGCAAUGCCUCAAAGCUGCAGUACAGAUAAGAGAAUCUUUAAAUUCGUCAGUGUAUCCGUGCGAUGACCUCUGGUCAUGGGCUUGUGGGCGAUGGUUAGAAAAAAAUCCUUUACCAGCCGACCGAAGCAUUUGGAAUCAGGAGGCAGAACUUGCCCUACAAGAAGCUCGAAGAGUACGAGAACUAGUGAACACUCUGCCGCUACCCCUUCACACGGGUACAGUCGAAUGGAAAUUGAAGUACCUCUAUGAAGCUUGCCUAGACGUCGAUAGCGUGAACGCAGACCAGGCGAGGCCUCUGCAAAACAUCAUUUCCGAACUCGGUGGGUGGUACGUCCUACGGGACUUUAACAUGGCCGACUUUAAUUACAAAACACUUCUCACUAAUCUUCACGUGAAAUAUGGGGCGGCUCCGUAUUUUAAAGUGACUGUGAAACCGAAUCCAUACACCCCAGGUAAAAAUGUUAUUGCUAUUUUUCCAUCUGGAUUAGGAUUACCCGACAAGAGCUACUAUUAUCAAGAUGAUGACAAUUUGAUUCAAACUGCAUACACGCAAUUCAUCAGGGACAUCAUUAUUAAUCUUAGUGUAACUAAGACGGAUGCGGAAAAGUUCAGUACUGAUAUGUUUUAUUACGAAAAGAGAAUAGCAGAAAUCACGCCUAAUUCAUUUGAAUUGAUGAAUAUGGUCAACACGUAUAAUUUAGUUAAACUUUCCGAAUUGCAUUACACGCUAUCAAUGUUACCGCUUCAAGAUAUUUUAGCAGCUUUAUAUCCAGACGCAAACAUUAAUGAAGACACUGACGUCUUGGUAUCAUCCCUGGACUAUUUACAAAAAGUUUCACAAAUUAUAUCUACCACUGAUAGAACUACCCUUAACAGUUACAUUAUGUGGACGUUAGUUCGUGAAUAUGUACCUUACUUAUCAACACCCUUUACAGCCUCGCUGAAUAAUUUUAAAAGAGACCUUUUGGGAAUAAAACGUUCAGUACCGCGCUGGGAAGAAUGUUCAAAUUUAGUUUAUAGAUUUGCUGGUUUAGCUGUGGAGAGUCUAUUCGGAAAAGAAAGAUCUCUUCGUAAUAAAACUGAAGUUGUUAAUCGAUUAUUUCAAUCCAUACGUAAUGCAGUAAAGGUUUACAUUGACAAAUACAGAGAAACGCCUGAUUUUUAUCAACAUUUAUCAAAAAAGAUUUCUGGACUUAAAAUUCAAAUUGGUUUACCAGAAUACGUAUUGAGUGCUAAUCACCUGAAGCAGUAUUAUAGUAAACUAAUCGUAAUAAAGACUAAUUUAUUCGAAAACUACAGACAUGGCAUUGAAUUCUUACGAAAAUUAGAAGGACAACGACUGGUAAAUUCAGAACCGGAGAAUGUACUUAUUGAUUACGCUUUAUCUCAACCCUUAUCCACAUCGUAUAUACCGUCAGAAAAUACCAUAUUUGUGCCUAGGGUUGUUUUAACUGAACCAUUCUUUGACACGAAAUAUCCAAGCUCCAUUUUAUAUGGAAGACUUGGUGUACAAAUAGCAAACUCUGUAAUAUCCAGUAUUACACCAUUCCAUAGCGGUUGGAGUUCAAAUCUAAAAUUAUUUCUGCCCGUUAACUUCAUAGUUAAUGAGUCCCUCAGGAUUUCUCAGGAACCACGAGACUGUCUCUCCAAAUAUUUUAUCGAAAAUAAUAUGGCUUCUGAUGUUUCGGCAACUGUAACAUCUCUUUCAGUGCUUAAAGAACUUUCUGCCAUAAAAUUCGCAUUUUUUGGAUUAAUAACUACAUUGCAAAAUGAAGAACACAUUCAUCAACCCACUUUGGAGGAAUUUGAAGACGACUCAUUAUUUUUCUUAACGUAUUCUCAGACGCGCUGUUCGGUACUUAGCACACAGCAAGACUUUUAUAUGAAAACAGUCGAAUUUGAAUUACCACAACAGUCAAUAUUGAAGACAGCUUCAGAUCAUUUCGCGCCGUUUUUAGAAUCUCUUAACUGUCCUUCCAGUAAAAAAACUCAUUGUGAUGACAUACUUUAGUUGCUAAUGUGGCUAAUAUACAUAUAUUUUUUUAUUAAUAUUAAAAGCGAAAGUGUAUAAGUCGGAAUUACAACUUUAAGUUUAACGAAA